AAUAGUCAUUCAAUCUUUAGAAUUUUCUUUUAUUUGACGUUUCCUUCGUCUGGGAGCAGCUGAGCAUCAAUGGCAGACAAGGAAGAAGAGGCGACCCUUGAGGAGGAGCUGGAGCUUCAACUACGUGAACAGAAUGACUCCCUUCGCGACCUCACCGAAGCUCUCUCUUCCGAUCCUUCUAAUCUCGAACUCAUUUCGGUUCAAGAAGAGCUUAUACAGUCUGUUAAAGAAGUGGAGGAAGGGCUUCUUCACUUGAAACAGGCAAGAUUACUUAGAGAAGUUGAUGCUUCUAUGCAAUGUUCCAAAAGUUUUUCGGAGGAUGCCGUGGUUGAGUCUCUUGAUACGAAAGAUGCUGUAGCGCUUUCAGAUGUCGGUCAACAAGAUUUAAAUGAUGAAGUAGAACUACUCGUGGAUCAAAAGUAUUCUAUCGGAUCUAAAUGUAGGUUCCGCUUUACUGAUGGGCGGUGGUAUAAUGGCCUGAUUGUUCAGUUGGAGGGUUCUCAUUCUGCUUUAGUUUCAUUCCUGACUCCUACAUCUGAAAGCAUGCUGAUGUGCCAGUUCUUUCUACAGAAGCGUUGUCGGUUUGGUAGUAGUUGCCGCUUAUCACAUGGUAUCGAUGUCCCAAUAUCUUCCUUAAAGAAGUUUGUUCCUGCAGUAUGGGGUCCGUCUAUGGUAGGGUACAGUAUCUGGGCUCUGGAAGAGGGAAAAAAUGGGCUUUGGAGAGAAGCUGAAUUGGAAUCGUGGGACGAGAAUCUCAAGCUUGGCCAUGUCGUAUUCCGGGACACGGGAAUAUCCUCUAAACUUGGAACCGAAGCAAUUACCCUUUCGGAGCAUGCAGAGUUGAGCGAUGAAGAUGAAGAGACUUCCUCUGGUUCUACUGGUAGCGACUAUGAUCAGGAGGAUGUGGAUUCAGCAGCUCUUCCACAAGGGCUGGGGUUUCUAGAGAGUACGAACCAGCAAAGUGGGAUCCAGACAGAAGUCACACUUUUUGCCAAGUGGGAGAAUCAUACGCGUGGUGUGGCUUCUAAGAUGAUGGCGAACAUGGGAUACCAGGAAGGAAUGGGCUUAGGUUCUGCUGGACAGGGGAUGCUGGAUCCCAUCUCUGUGAGAGUUCUACCUUCCAAACAAUCCCUUGACCAUGCCUUUGAAGCCCAGAGAAACGAACAAUGCAAUGGACCUAAAAAGGAGAAGCAACGGAGUAGGGGUGGGAAGAGGAAACGGGAAAAGAAAUACGCAGAAGCAGCAAGAGCAGCGAAAGAGGAAGGAUCAAAAUCUGACAUGUUUGCACUCAUCAAUUCCCAGCUUUCUGUUCACGCUGAGAUUUUGAGAGGGACGAAGAAGCACAUGAAGAACAAUAAUAAUAAUAAUAGUAAGGAAAAAGGUGGGGAGGAGGCCAAGAGAGGAGGGAGGCGAGGCCUGCUGGCUUACGAGGAUGAGAUAAAGGAGCUGAAGAUACGGGUGGAGAAACUGGAGGAGAUGGCCAAUAGGAACCGGAGGGAGAAGGCGGUUUACGAUGCUGUUUUGAGGAAACUCAAUGAGACUCGGAGUGCUUUGGCGGAUGCCGAAGCUGCUCGCACUUGUGCUUCCACCCAACUUCUCACCAAGGAAAAGGAGAAGAGAUGGCUCAAGUUCUGAACAAGAAGAAGAGGAAGACAGCACCUAAUCUUCUUUGUCGGGCUCUUCGCUAUGUUCGAAUUUCUUGGUGACAAUCUUGUAUGGGUAUGGAGUAAUAUUUAUAUACCCAAAUGUGUUUUAUUUCAGCAAAGUUAAAUGUGUGUUUCUCCUUUUGCUACUUGCCUCUCUUGAUAUUUUCUCUUUGAUGGGUUCACCAGGCUUGGGUCCUUAU